AUAUAUAUAAAUAGUGGUACUCCGUGACAGAUGCUCUCGUAUUUUUAUGUUUGAAAAAUGACCCUUCACUUUCACGUUCCUUAAAUGUGUGUAUAUACGUCUCUCUUUCGUGAUCUGAUUGGAAUCUUUACCAGUUAAUCAUCUAUGAGCAGAUAAGACUGGUGGUUGAGUCCUUUUUCUUUCUUUUUUUUCUCUUUUGUGGAGUUUAAAGAGGUAAGGGAGAAGAUCAUUUCGUCCUUAUUGUAGAAUUUUUCGUAACCAACUAACUACAGUUUUUGUUUCCUGGCUUUAUUUCUUGAGCUCAGCAGGUACUCAGAUAUUACUUCUCAUUUUGACACUAUAACGCAUUUUUAAUUAUAUCUCAAUAAUUGGUAAAUGGGGUCCGAAGGGCCUCCUGCAGUAAUAAUUCAUGUGACGGGUUUUAAGAAAUUCCAUGGAGUUUCAGAGAAUCCAACUGAGACAAUUGUUAGUAAUCUCAAAGAGUAUGUGACGAAGAAGGGACUGCCAAAAGGUCUAAUUCUUGGGAGUUGCAGCAUUCUUGAGACUGCAGGACAAGGAGCUCUUUCUCCCUUAUACCAGACGUUGCAAUCUGCCAUUAGUGGGGUGGAUUCUGAAUCUUCAAAUUCUGGAAGAACUGUUUGGGUACACUUUGGAGUUAAUAGUGGUGCAACAAGGUUUGCCAUUGAGAAACAAGCUGUCAAUGAAGCUACUUUUCGCUGUCCCGAUGAGCUGGGAUGGAAGCCCCAGAAAGCUCCCAUCAUUCCUGCAGAUGGUGGAAUUUCACACAUGCGACAGCCCUGAAAUUGCAGCAUAUCCAUAAUCCAUGGUCAGGUCUCUGUUUGAGUAUUUAAUUUUCACUUGGUUUAAAGAUUUAUUGCAUUCAUGGGGAAAACAUUUAUUAUAGGAAGAUUUCUGUAUUUGAAUUGUGAGUGGAAAGGAAGAAAACUUUUUGAUAUGGGAAGCAGAUCUCACACUUUCUGUGCCUAACCUGGUUAAAUAAUUUUAGGGGUGCAUCGUGCUAGAGCUGCUGUCUUUAUUUUAUUUUAUUUUAUUUAUUACUUGUUUUUGUGAUAAGUGAAACAGAAAGGAGCUGUUGUCUUUAUUAGUGAAGAGAGUUUGUCCAAUGUCAAUAAGACUUAAGGGGCUUACAUGCAUUAAAUUCUAAUUUCAUAGAAUAGAGCUGUAGUCUAGUAGUAUUCUUUGUUUUGAUAGCAUGGAGACAUUAAUUUCUGAGUUUCUCACUUAAAGGGAAAAAAAUAAAACAGAAACAGCAGCUAAGCAUGUCACCAUUCUUUGAAAUUAAACUGUGACUCUUAUGAGUAGUAUUCAGUAUGGUGUCUCCUGAUAUUUAAGCGGAACCCAGUUAGAUGGGCACUGAAUUCCUUACCAGUUAAAAUCAACUGAAUUAUCAGGACAUAGUGCACUUUGUCUACUCUUCAUGUUGUAUUGAUGCUUGUAUGGCGUUACCUUUUAAUACAAGAAUGCAUCUUUAGUUACCAGGGAAUAGAAAGUAUUGCAGAGAUAAUAUGAUUCAAAUGCCUUUUUUCUUCUGGAUAAGUAAGACGAUCUCUAUUAAUAAGCGCAAAAGCAGAACCCGAAUAUUAACUAGUAGAAGAAAAAGAUACUAAAACAUCAUUUAAACCAAGUCCAUUAAAGUUUAUAGAUGCAGUCCCUGGGAGAAAACUAUGCAGAAAGAAGUUCUUGUGCUCCUCUGUAGUCCGUUCUUGAUUUUCGAAGAUAUAGGACUCGUUUAGACACUGAAUUUAGAAUAUCUCAGAAUAUCUCGGAAGUUUGGGAAAGUUGUAUUGGUUUUUGUGUUUAGAUAAUGAUUAGAUGAAAAUGUUGAAAAUUUGAAAUUAAAAAUUGUUUUGUGUUUGAGUGAUGUUUGGGAAGGAAAUAUCUGAGAAUACCUUGUUACACAAACAAGUCCUUAAAUGGCUCCAUUGGACAAUUGCUUUUGUUUGGCAUGAUUUUGUGAUUUAUUUAUGACUAUACUGUAUUGUUUCUCUGUUGACUGUUUCUAAAUAGUUAUUGUGUUUGAACC